CGGCUGCGUAGCGUGUGUCGCCUCGGCAGCCGCCCCCCGGCGAGGCGCGGAGAGGGGCGGAGGGGGCUGCGCCGCCAUGGCCAGCGUGCACGAGAGCCUGUAUUUCAACCCGAUGAUGACCAACGGGGUGGUGCACGCCAACGUCUUCGGCAUCAAGGACUGGGUCACCCCCUACAAGAUGGCGCUGCUGGUGCUGAUCGGAGAGCUGGGCCGAGCUGGGCCGCAUCUCAGCCUGCUCGAGAGGCGGCGCCUCAAUCGCCUGCUGCUGCCGCUGCUCCAGGGGCCUGACAUGACGUUGUCUCGAUUGAUUAAAGCUAUUGAGGAAUGCUGCCCUCAGAUAGCGAACUCUGUUCAAAUUAGGAUCAAGCUGAUGGCAGGAGGGGAACUGAAAGAUAUGGAGCAAUUCUUUGAUGAUCUUUCAGAGGCAUUCAGUGGAACGGAACCAGAAGUUCACAAAACAAGUGUUGUAGGCUUGUUUCUGCGCCACAUGAUCCUGGCCUACAAUAAGCUUUCCUUCAGCCAGGUGUACAAGCUUUACACGGCGCUCCAGCAGUACUUCCAAAAUGAUGAGAAGAGGAACGGAGCAGAUGAGACGGAGAUGGAGCUGACCCAGUGCGACGAGCUAGAAGGACAAAUGGAGAAGGACGAAUUCGACGGGCCUUUCAGUGAGGAAGAAAUAUCUUGCAACGGGCCACUUUCGCAGAAGCAAGCGGAAUAUUUCCUUUCUCAACAGGCAUCCUUAUUGAAAAAUGAUGAGACAAAGGCACUUUCUCCUGCAUCCUUACAGAAGGAGCUGAACAACCUGUUAAAAUUUAACCCAGACUUUGCAGAAGCGCAUUAUUUAAGCUACCUAAACAGCCUCCGCGUCCAAGAUGUCUUCAGCUCGACACACAGCCUCCUUCACUACUUCGACCGCUUAAUUCUCACUGGUGCGGAAAGCAAAAGCAACGGGGACGAAGGCUACGGGCGCAGCCUCAGAUACGCGGCGCUCAACCUGGCUGCCCUGCACUGCCGCUUCGGCCACUACCAGCAGGCUGAGCUGGCCUUGCAGGAAGCCAUCCGGAUCGCCCAGGAGUCCAAUGACCACGUCUGCCUGCAGCACUGCCUGAGCUGGUUGUACAUCUUGGAGCAGCAGAAGUCAGACAGCUGUGCGCUGUUGGAACACUCCGUGAAGAAAGCUGUGUACUUCGGAUUACCGUAUUUAGCUUCCCUGGGGAUCCAGUCCCUGGUUCAGCAAAGAGCUUUCGCUGGGAAAACUGCCAACAAGCUAAUGGAUGCCCUGAAGGACUCAGACCUCCUGCACUGGAAGCACAGCCUGUCUGAGCUGAUCGAUAUCAGCAUCGCUCAGAAGACGGCCAUUUGGAGGCUGUACGGCCGCAGCACGAUGGCGCUGCAGCAGGCCCAGGUGCUGCUGAGCAUGAACAGCCUGGAGGCGGUGACCGUGGGCGUCCAGCAGAACAACACCCAGUCCUUCGCCGUGGUGCUGUGCCACCUGGCCGAGCUGCAUGCCGAGCAGGGCUACUUCACCGCUGCAUCCGAAAUACUGAAGCACCUGAAAGAGAGAUUUCCGCCCAACAGUCAGCAUGCACAGCUCUGGAUGGUCUUCGAUCAGAAAAUCCAGUUCGACAGAGUCAUGAACGACGGGAAGUACCACGUCGCCGACUCACUUGUGGCUGGGAUCACCGCCUUGAAUAGCACCGAGGGCGUCUACAGAAAAGCUGUCCUACUUAAAGCACAGAAUCAGAUGUCCGAUGCUCAUAGACUCCUGCAGAAGCUCUUGAUUCACUGCCAGAAAAUAAAAAGCACCGAAAUGGUGAUUAGCAUUCUCCUCUCCAUCGCUGAGCUCUACUGGAGGUCUCUCUGCCACACGAUAGCUCUGCCCAUCCUGCUCCAGGCGCUUGCGCUGGCCAGGGAAUAUCGCCUCCAGUAUUUAGCCUCCGAAACCCUGCUCAACUUGGCUUUCUCACAGCUCAUCCUUGGCAUCCCUGAGCAAGCGCUGAGCAUUCUGCACAUGGCAAUAGAGCCCAUCCUGGCGCACGGAGCAGUGCUGGACAAGGGCGCUGCCAUGCUCCUGGUGGCCAAGUGCCAGGUCGCCUCUGCGGCCUCCUAUGCUCCGCAGAAGAAAGCAGAAGCUCUGGAGUCGGCCAUCCUGAACCUCAAUGAAGCCAAAACCUAUUUUGCCAAGGUGGACUGUAAAGAGCAGCUGCGCGACGUCCUGUAUCUUCAGGCUCGGCUCUUCCACAGCCUGGGAAAGACCCGGGAGAGAAAUCAGUGUGCCGUGCUUUUCCGCCAGCUGCACCAGGAGCUCCCCGCUCGCGGAGUCCCCUUGAUCAAUGCUUUCAAGUGAGGCCUUUAAGCAGGGGGACACGAUCCACGGAGAAGGCUGAUGGCCCCAGCACCCCUUGAAACAGAGGGGGAGCUGGCUGGAGCAUCCAGUGUCUGCAACAGCCAACCCCACCUUUCUGCAGAUUUCUUGUCCUGAGCAGUCUUCAUUUUUCGGGAAUCAUCGUCAAUAAAUGGGCGUUUUCUUUUUGCAAAA